AAUUCAUAAAUUUCCUGACUACAUAGUUAUUCUAGCAUUCUAGUCAUAAGUUUUUCCCAUUUAUUAAAGUGUUUAUCCACUCCAACUCUGCUUAACUGCUUAGUUGUGGGGGUUACUCCGCGUUUCUUAUGGCCUGGCCUAUGAUGAUUGUCCUCGAAAUUGGCAAGGCGAAAAGGUGCUUCAACAUCAUAAUCCCCGUUCCGGCGAUGGCAGAUGAGAACGAGGCUCGGGGAGACGACUUGGACUUGGUUCGAUGAACCAAUUAGAUCAAACAACUUACACCACUCCACACACACACAGACACACACCACUACUGGGUGCAACAAUACAACAAGCGCUCGUUCAACAUUCAAGAGGCAUCGAUGAUAAUAUUCAUUCAUUUGAUCAAACCGCCGACGAUGUCGAGGACGGAGAUGCAGACGACGAUGGAGACGACUUUCAUUAUGGGCCUGGGCCUCCAGACCCUGUCCCCAGUAGUCCCCCAUCCGAGCUCCAUCACCGUCCACCUCCGUCUACUGGGAGGCCGCCCAAACGCAGUCCAAAACCAAGUCAGGAACCAAGUCGGCGGUUGAGGGGAAGUACAAAAACAUAUUGCCAAAGUAGCAGCAACAGGCAAAGCAACUACGGCAACAUCAUCGACCAACAACAGCAACACGAGAAAUCUCAACAGCAGCAUUAUGCAUCAUUACACUGAGAGAAAGAAGGGCAAGGGGCACAUGAAAGGUUUGGGCCAGCUGUAAGUGGUUGGAAUGGAUCAAAAGGGAUACACUGACAAAGAGUAUAACAAACAGAAGUAUAAUAUAUUACAAUUUUAUCUAGGAUUAUAAAAUAAAUCCUUUCCUUUAACAAUAUAUGCAAACUCACAAUAAACCUUAA